CAUCAUCUUCUCAAUCUUCUCAAGCAGUCAAAAUGCAUCUUCGGCUUCAGCUUGCAUUGGCAUUGGCGCUGCUCGUUCUCGCACCGUCUGCGGCCCGCGCACAGGACCCCGACCACCCGGACUGGUGCGUUCCUGCGAGCAUGGCCAUCCAGUUCUCUGGCGCGUGGGACGACCAGGACAUGUUCGACCGCAGCGUCAUGCAGCUCGGCGGCGUCCGCGGCAUUGCCUACGCGACCAGCUCCAGCGACCAGGUCCAGCUCCGCGUGUCCUGGACUGGCCAGCUCGGUUUCAUCUUUGACGAGUACCUCAUCUGGAACGCACGCACUGGAAUCGCUCAGCUCGCUGCUGUCGCGAUGAGCACCACUCCCCUCUCGUCGCCGAUCUGCUCGACGACCAGCGUCAAGCUCGACGCGCCGCCGACCUUCUGCUCCAACACCACGGGACAAACCCUCAUGUACCAGGAGGACGUGCGCUAUGGCUUGGCUUGGAGUGCCGAGCGCUACUUUGCCAAUAGCAACAGCACUGGCAACAUUCGCAUCGACAUUGUUCGUGACGCAAACGAUGCCACCACCGCCUAUCCGCUGAUGCACAUGUUCUACAGCGACGAUCAACUCACCACCGUGAUGAUGGCCUUUAACAACUACCGGCCAUUUGUUGAUCCCGACGUGUUCACCUUCCCUCCGAGCUGCGCCUCGGUCUCAUCCAUGCCCGAGCGCCCUAAAAAUCUCCCUGCUGCCCCUUUUAUGCCGCGUCUGUGAUUGAGUUUUGUAGUUUUGGUUGUAAGCGGCUUUGGAAAUGGUUGUAAGCGGCUUUGGAAAGAAAUCCAGUUUACACGAAAAAAACGAACGCAACAAACAACAGAAAAAACAAAAGGACGAAGUAUCACAAAGUCGGAGCGAUCAAAUCAGGACGAGUCACA